ACAAAUCAAGGCCACAGCAGGCCGGAGGUAGGGAAAAUUCCUGUCGCGGACACCGACGGAGGGUGAGGCAUCACUCUGGAAGGACACCCCCCUUUCUCCUGUUACUUUGACCGCUGUUUUCUCUCUCCCCAUCGCUUCCUCUGUUCUGUUUGCCCGUCACUUUCCUCUCGUUCAACCCCGUACACUCCUCCCUCUAUCAUCCCCACUAACUCGGCCUCCUCGGUGAAGCCAUCUACACACGGCCUCCAUACCCUUCAUACCUCUCGUCUGGCAUCAGGGACGCCGUCGGGAGAGCAAGCCAAAGCUCGUUGCCAGGAUGCCGCCCCUGCACAGCUUCGAGAUCGAUGUUCCUUCCCCCCCCCUUCACUUCCUGGUGGUUGGGGGGGAAGGGGGGGGAAAUUUGGACUUACUCACAUCCGUACAUACAUAAAAUAGCGGAGACGGGGAAUUCUGUGAAUUUAUUCCUUUCUCAUUACAGCUAAGCCUUCCCAAAAGGGUUAGAUGAUUUCCGGAUAUUGAUUUGGAGGUAAGUCUUCCCUUCGUUCACCAUUCAAACUCACUCUCCCACUGUCCGCCCAGCCAGCCGUGGUUCACUCUGCCCAUCCGCCCUUUCCCCCUUCUGUCCAUAUUCGCUGCUGUUGCUUGGCUGCUGCUGCUGCUGCUCAGUGCUCGUCUCUCUCCCUCCGCUCGUUGCUUUGAUGCUUCUGCUCCUGUUGCUGCUGCAACGACUGCGCUCUCGCUUUCUCUCCCUCUCGCUCUCACUCACUUUCUCACUCACCUCCCUCCUCGCACACUCUUGUUCGCCCGCUCUCUUCACAAAGUCGUACUCUCCUGCUACCUCUCCCCUCCUUGCUCACUCGCCUCCCAUCACCUUUUCACUUUCACCCUCUCCCUGCCCACUCCUCCACCCCCUUCUUGCUCCACCACCACCGCCCACAUCCCUCUCUCCCUCCCUCUCUCCCUCCUUCAUCCAUUCAACGGCUUGCCAUCUCGUCCACACCCUUCUCAUCUUUUAAACAGUGUUUCUAUCCGACCCAACACGCAAGGCCAAUCGACUCCCGCCAGGAAUUUAAAAAAUUAAAUAGGAGAAGGCGAUUCAUCCUUCGUCGUUUCCAUCCUCUUCGAGAGAAAAAAAAAAAAAAAAACUACCCCCUUCGAAUUUGGUGCCGGCGCUUGAACAAAGAGUAAAUCUUGCUGGACUCGGAAACCCCAUUUACCAUAAUACAUCUGCUUCUCAUCCCUUCGCAGAGUUCUUUGCUCAUCGAUUUUGCCCUGGUCCGUCAUCCCACUUUGUCGGGUCCGCUGUCGGGGCAAACACGCGCGUGCUCCUUUGCCCCCCCGCUCUUCAUCGUCGCCUCGAACGGUAGACCGGAAGGGGAAGAAGGAAGGAAAGAAAGAAAGAAAGGAAAAAAAACAUCAGUAUCGUAAAGGGGGCUUUGGGUCAACUCAGAACGCCUAUCCUUUUCCCUUGCCCUUGACCCCGAGAGUCAUUUCAUAAGGUCAGCAUUAUCCUCGCUCCCUAUUCGUUUCGUUCGGCCCUUCACCCCUUUUUACUUCUCUCUCCAGGAGAGGGAGAGGACUGCUACAGGGAAAACGAGAUCCUUGCCCUUCGUCCGAUAUGGCAAUGCUGACGAAGUCGGCAGUUACCUCGAUAUUUCUUUUAAAUUCGCCCCCUCUCAACCCCCUCUCUGCCACCUUCUACGACAUGAGUCUCAGACCAGAUUACUGCUGAAGACGACAAAUCCCCUCGAAGAAGAAGCCGCAGAGAGGCUGUUUUUACGCAGGAUAAUGACCGAGAACCCUACUAUUCCAUCGACUCCUGCUCCUUCGCAGCCCCCCUCGCUUGCAAACUCGACAGCUACCCCUGAAGACGCCGCAGACACUUCCGGUGAAAUCGACUGCAUCUGUGAAAUAUCUGAUGAUGAUGGAUUCACAAUAUGCUGCGACAAAUGCGAUACUUGGCAGCAUCUUGUCUGCGUUCAACUCAACAAGGACAAUGUGCCCAGUAUCUACUACUGCCCUAAAUGCGAUCCACGCACUUUGGACGUUCAAAUGGCCAAGGAUAUUCAACAGCACCGAAGGGAAGAGGAGCAGGCCAAAAGGAGUCACAAGAAGAAGCGAUCGACCGGGACGUCUCACAAAAAGAGGGAGCUUGCGAAUGGUACAAAUGGCAUCACACCCGGGAAAAUUUCGUCGUCCGCGGAGAAGACUGGUGUCCAUGGACCUGGCAAGUUGGUCAGUCCGAAAGAAAUGCAGCAGCCCCCACGGAAAAGGGGCCACCGGGCCUCUGCCCAGUCGAACAACAAUGCUGGAUCCAACUCUUCCGCUUCCCAUCAUUCUAUCCUCACCAAUGUUCCCAAUACAAAUAUCCCCCUUGACCCCCCGUCUGCCCGCAACGGCGAAACAGAAAGUGAUACCGACCCUGAGAAACCGACAAGAUAUCUCAGAGAAGGAUUCACUGACUUGGGUAACAGCCCGGACAAAUAUGCCGGUGCCGAUGUCCAGCGGUUCCUCCACUCCCUGGUAAUGCCGGUACCCGGCCCGGAUGUGCCUAGCCCCCUCGAGCGACUCGUAUACCUUAAUCGACAAGAGCUGGCUUCCCUCGGCUUACCAAAAGCCUCCCCUCAGGUUCUUCCAGAAGCUUCCAGGACUAAUCCCGAACACCCUAGACGACGUCUUUUGCUCGGAGCGGAUUGUUCUCAAGGCGAUCUAAUUGCCAUCUACAAAGGAGAGGUUGGUUUUCAAGAUUCCUAUAAAAAAGAUCGCGCAAAUCAAUAUUCCUCUUGGCAUCAUCCAAAGCCUUAUGUUCUCUUUCAUCCGAAUCUCCCGGUUUAUGUGGAUGCCCGUCGGUACGGAUCGGAGGCACGGUUUGUGAGGCGAAGUUGCCGCCCGAAUCUAGCGCUCCGGACCAUCGUCAUUGAUCGUUCUGAGAUAUGUUUUGGUUUGUUUGCUAACCAGGCAUUGAAGCCGGGCGCUGAAAUCACUGUGAGUUGGGAUUGGAGUGGGGCUCUAGAGUCUCGCCGACUUGUCAAGGAGGGAUUUGACAUUCAGCGGCUAAGCAGCGAGCAUUUGAACGAGUUGGCGGUUUGGAUGCAGCAGCUGACCCACAAGAUGGGGGAUUGCGCUUGCUCGGGAGGGAAGGAGUGCCUUGUUAACCAAAUCAGGAAAAUAGCCGAUGGCGAAGCGGUUGCUGGAAGGACCCUCAAUGGGAAUGGAUAUUCGCGUAAGCAGCGCAGGACCAAUGCAUCUACCGAGUCAGCAGUUGGUUCUAAACGGCCAAGCCCUGACUGCCAGUCUGUUCCGUUGAAAAAGGAGGAAGAUGAAGAAGGUCGAUCCGUUUCACCGCCAGUAUCACGAAGCAAGCCCAGAAGCCGUGAUAUUACACCGUCGAUGCCUCAGGAUGUUGCUGUGGAGAGGGGUGAGAUGACCGGACGUGAAGCUAGGAAAUUCAAGGAGGUCCUGUCACGAAUAGAAAAGCAGGAGCAACAGCCUCAGGUUGCAAAGCGGAGGAAGAGGAAUAGUACGGUCUCGCUUACCCCUGGCGCAUCGUCCUUGCACAGUCCGGGUACCGAUAUGAAGGAUGGGAUAAAAGUACCCGAUUCAGGUAAGAGGAGUAAGCUCCCCAGCCCAAGAUCGCCAUACUCACCUCCUACAGCAGGAACUGGCCCAAACCACGGUUUUGUGGAAUACUCUGUCACUGAUGCCGGUGUCGGGAGAGGAGCGUCGGAUUCUCCCGUCAGUUCGGAUGAGAGGAUAGCCCGCCGAACGGUUUCCUAUUCUCCGGUCGGUCAGUUAACCCAAGGAUCCGAUACGCUCAAGCGCGCUAGCAAGACUGUCGUAAGGCCUGUACGAGCCCGCUAUGAGGACAAGGCAAUGCAAACCGAUCCUGUUGAAGGGGAAAUUCCUUGGUGGUCACCAGCUGCUGUGAAGGCUCCUCCUCGGCCACCCCGAUUACCUCUUCGGAAGCGGUUGAUGCAGAGCUUACUGCGAGACAGGGAAGAUGCCGCUGCAACUGUGUUGGAAGACAAAAAGAGAAAACUUGGUGUAGUUUCUGGGGACUCUGAAAAUAUACCCUCUCCCAAAGUCCCAAAACUUUUCAACAGUGGGUCUGCCCGGGGUACAGCAGUCUCGCCUCCCCCAGAUGAAAAGGGAUCUUUGGACGUGCCUUUACCUGCUCCGGACACCAAUUUUCCGUCGAGUCGAGCCUUAAUUACAUCUGGCACCUCUAUUACUAUGACUGAUGCUAGUGCUAUUAAAUCACCUUCGCCACCUCGACCUCCUGGCCCCUCGCUGGCAGAUCUGUUUUCGGCUGAUUCGGAUAAGCUGUUAUCAACUCAGCCUAUCCCUGCUCAAGAGAAGUUAUUCUCGGAAAAAACACAGGCGAACCUACCUCAGGAUAAGCCUCGGGUGAAUGGGUAUAAGAAUCCCAGUUUACAAGUGCAGUUGCUACCUGGUCCAGGCGCUGUCAACGGACCGUCGACACCCGCCUUCCAGAGUUCGCUACCCUCGGCUCCUAAUUCGGCACCGAUUCAGCCGCCUUUGAUGAUAUACCCCAACUGUGUCAAUCCGUCGGUGACUGCACUGAACAGUAGCAUGGUCAAUCCUAGCCCAACAAGGAUGAAGAAGAUGACUUUAGAAGACUAUGGUAGACGGAAGCACAGAUCAGAUCCCGUCGAGAAGAGUGACGAGAGGUUGAGUGUGAAAGCUACGAAUGAGGGUCCUGCGACUUCGACAAAUUCACCCAAAACACCCAUGGCGCCGUUAAUGGAGGGACCCGCAAGCAUUGCUGGUCCUACACCGUGCACAUCAAUUGUAACGGCACCGCUGCCUCCGGCGAUCAGCUCGUCAAAGCUUGCUAUGGAACCAGUCAGGAUUCCACCUAUGCCCAAGGACCAAAGGACUACUUCGUUGAGUAGCAGUGUACGUUAGUUUCUUUUACGCCUUUCUUAUGUCACGGGUUGUCACUUCUUGUAUGAAUCCUUUAUUCAUAUUUCAUUAUUAGGUUCUUGGGGGGUCUUUUUUUCAGCUGUUCUCUUCUCCUCUUAACUUUUUCUUUCUUCAUGGUUACGGAUAACUUUCCUUGACACUUAUGUCGCCUUCUUUCAUUUUCGGUGGGGAAAACAAAACUUUUAUCUUUUUUAUCAUGCGUUUUAAAGCCUGGGUUGGGGGAAUUGGAGUUCAGAUUCUCAUUUUUUUUGUGUUUCUAAGGGGGAACUAAAGAAGUGUUCUUUUUUUCUUCUAUAUAAUAUAUAUGUUUAUAUAUAUAUUUGCCUGGCUGGGUUAAGGAUGAGUGGGAGUGGGAGCGGGAAAGGAAUCUAUUUCCAAUCCGGAAACGAGAACAGCAGCAAGAAAAAACAAAAAAAGACAAAAGCUUUGUGCAUACUUGCUUGCUACUAUUGCUUUGUUUCGUUCCGGGGGGUUUUUUUUCUACUGUCGGCUUUUUUUGUAUAUUACUACUUCUCACCUUCCGUGUGUAAUUAUGCUCUGUACUUACGUAUUCACCCACGGUAUCUACCUCCCCGAUCUACGGGUGGAUUAUGAGUCUUCUCCUUUGACCUUGUAUUGAUUUGGGAUGGGUUGACAACCUAGCAGGCAGCACUCAAGGGGAAAGCGGGAAUGAAAGGAGAAAAGGAGGAGGAAAAGGAAAAGGCCACCUUGGAAGGAAGAAAAAAACCCGGGAUUUUUCAACUUGACUUUACUCGUGACUCGGAUAGCUUGAUCCCUUACUCACUUGCACCACACUCCCCUCUCACUUUUGUACGAUCCGGUGUCACCUCCACCCAGUUUGCACGGCAACCUUCACCCCUCCCUCCCUCCUCCCUCUCCCUCUCCCUCCCCAUCAUCCUUCUACUUACCGGUAUGAGGUUGCACGCUCGGAUUACAACCUUUGAGCAAUGCAUGAAAAGGAAGGACAGAGAUAAGAUAGAUGGUGCGAUACCCUUUUAUUUUUUAUUUUUUAUUUUUUUUCUCCCUAUACUUGUUCUCCAAAGAUUAAGUGAGUCCCGGAUGCGCCUAGUCUCAUACUUGGCUCCCUCCCUCCCUCCCCCCCAGAUUGAAACAUUUUGACGGGUUAUACCCGACAUGGUGGGAUUUAUCAUAUCAUAUCAUAGUAUCACAUGAUAUUUGCUUUCUUUCUUUCUCGCUUUGUCCGGGCUGGAUACCUGCGCUUGCCUUUUUUUUUUUUUCUCUCUUUCUCCUUCCCUAAAAAAAAAGAGAGGUUCCGAGGUUGUGAUGAUGGGCUUGAUUGCAGAGUACAAGUAUGAUAUGUUGAUGGAUGGAGGUUGGGUGGGUGAGUUGGGGGAAGGGAGGGUAUAACCGAUAAAUAUUGAGCCAAAUUCUUAGCGAGGUAUCGUACGGUAUAAAUUAGGGCUUGCCGAGGAAUGUGUUUUGGGUGGUAUUACUUGUAUAUAUUGUGCGCGAAGGACGAAGUUGUCGUCGUUGUCAACGGUCGGUCGGAUAGUUUUUCAUGUUGUUGGUUCCUGGUUGGCUGUCGGUGUUGUACUGUAC